UGACUUAAGGUGACGUAAGAAGAAAAUGUAUACCGCACUCAUAGGGACUUUGUCUCAGUGCAGAGGCAGCGGGCAGCAGAACCGGGGCAAAGAUGAAGAAGUUUGUAGCAUUUUUCCUUUGCAUGGUCCUAUUGACCGUCUUUACAGAUGCCAACCCCAUCAUCAAAGAGAGCUUUGCCAAGCAGCUUCUCCGCAGCAAGAGGCAGCUGAAACCCGGCCACCCUGACGAGCCAAUGAGAGAGCAUCUGCUCCACAUGCAGGUUCUGGACCAGAGAGCCCAGGAGACCAACCUGGAGCACUGGCUGAACCCUCACUGUUACCCCCGCUGUGACAGGAACUAUGGACACCCUGUCUAACGAACAUCCCUGUCCUAUAGCAGCUCCACCUAGAUCCCAGGGGAAUUUCUUGCCGAUGGAAGGUGUGGAUGACUAUUGUGACAAUGGCUACAACAAUGACAACUGUGCUAAUGAUAUGAGUGUGAAGACAUGAGUGGGCCAGCUGUCUCACUCUUUUCUGAAGACAUAUGAGUAAAAGAACAUAUAUCUAGUCAUAAUUAAGCUUAAUUUAGCAGUGUAUUGAACAUACAAACUGAUGCAUAGAAUUCUCAUGUACGUAACAGAUUUAUGGAACACUAAUAAAGACUAUAUCAAAACGA